CUCAGCAAAACUCGCUUAUUGUCCCUUUAACAUUGUUAUAACUUUUGUAAUAAUUAGAAAUUUGUGGUUUUGUUUGUACUCUGUAUCAGGAGCACCUGGACAUUAAAAUGACCUGUAACGUUCGUUGUCAAUAUGAACUUUAGCCUGUAGCGUGGAUAUGUUUGAAUGUUCUACAUAUCUUAAAUUGUGAAAAGGAGACAUUCAGAGAUUGGUAUGUUUCUGAAUUUCAGUGCACUGCCACAAGAGGAUAGUGUCGACUAAGGUGUGAAAGGACAUGAUCCGGAGAUUAAGCUACCGCCCUGUAGAGCUGAGUUCCCAUUCUUGAUGUGAAAUAACUAAUUAUUAAUAUGCUACGGAAAGCCUUGCUAAACUAGAUCAGGUGUUAGAUAAAGGUCGGAACUAAAGUCUGCAGAACGGUAACGUAGAUCUCAAGAAGCGGACUUUGGCACCUCUGUACAAACGAAUCGGUGGUAACGUGUGGCAGCUUAUUAUUUCCAGUUUACUUAAACGUUUAUAUCACUUGAGAAGAGUGGCCUUUAGUGUCAGUUCAGCACGAAAGUACAUCUCGUAUUGACUGUAUUACAUAGCCGGUUUAAUUCACGUUUUCUAUUGGAAAUCAUCACAGUUCCUCCCUGUUUGCAAACAUGGAGGCAAAGCAACUUAAGCCCCCGCAGUCACUGUCGGCUAAAUUUGAAGGAUCUUUUGCAUAUCUGACGGUGAGAGACAGACUGCCCUUGAUCCUGACAAAAGUCAUAGAUACUCUUCACCGAAAUAAGAACAACUUCUUUGAUGAACAUGGAGAGGCGGGAAUUGAAGCAGAGAAAAAAGCAAUCUCCUUCCUGUCCAAACUGAGGAAUGAGCUCCAGACAGACAAGCCUGUGUUGCCUCUGACUGAUGGAGCAGAGGACAUUGAGGCCUGGAACCAGUACAUGCAGAGACAGCAGAGCUUGAUGGAGGACGAGCAGCCUGUCAGCUGGUUCAAGUCCCCUUGGCUCUAUGUGGAGUGCUACAUGUACAGGAGGAUCCAGGAGGCCUUGUGGCUAAGCCCGCGAGUUGGUGACUUUGAUGUAUUUAAAGAAGGCAAGACGCAAAGCUUCUUUGAGUCCCAGCAAGCAACAAAGUCACUCUGUAUGUACCUGCGAGAGGUCUUAAUUGGCCGGAAUAACCCAAAUAAGAACCCGCUCUUAGAACAGUUUCUCAAGUUUCUGCAGGUGUCUCUGUGGGGGAACAGGUGCGAUUUAUCCAUCUCAGCCGGUCAGGACAACUCCCAGAAAACCAGCCCUAUUGACACACUGGCUGAUCUGCAACGUUUCAUCCUGGUGGAUGACUCUGCCGACUUGUGGGCAGUCCUAAUGGCCGCACAGGCCUCUGGAGGAACAGAGAUAAGAGGGGCAACGGUGGACAUAAUUCUAGACAAUGCUGGUUUUGAACUCAUCACUGACCUGGUACUUGCAGAUUUUAUCGUUUCCACUGGACUGGCCAGGGAAGUACGUUUCCAUGGCAAGUCCAUACCAUGGUUCGUGUCUGACGUCAACAAGCAGGAUUUCAACUGGACCAUAAUGCAGACCAUGGCGUCCAAUCACAAGGAGACGUCAGCCUGCGGCGUCCAGUGGAAGCGCUACAUGAAGGAGGGGGUGUGGUCGUACCAUGACCACCGCUUUUGGACCUUGCCCCAUGCGUUCUGGGACAUGGCCACUGAAGCGCCCGAUCUCUACUCUUCUCUGCAGUCUUCCAAUCUGGUCCUGUUAAAGGGAGACCUGAACUACCGCAAACUGACGGGCGACAGAGACUGGGAGCACACAGUUCCAUUUGGCAGGGCACUGAGGGGUUUCCAGCCCGCGCCGCUCUGUAGCGUCAGGACCCUGAAGGCCAAUGUUCAGGUGGGCUUACAGCCAGGCCAGGGUGAGAAACUCACUUCACAGGACCCAGAUUGGAUGACCAGUGGCAAAUAUGCUGUGAUACAGUUCUUCAGCCCACCAAAAGAACAGGUCUGUUCCUAGAGCUGGCUUCCGCUACAGAAAUGGAAGAAAUGCUUAGUACUGGGGAGCAGUCCCAGGCCAGAAGAGAGAUGAUGGGAGAGAACAUUUUUCUUCUAACUUACUCCAUAAAUUAAUAAAAUACUGGGUUAUUUUGUUCUUCAUUUUUGGAUUUUGCUCUUAGUUGCUUGUUCCAACAGUCCUGAUGAUCAGAAGCAUACAGUACAACACUUUAAUGCUGCAGCUGGUACUUUUUAAAAGUAAAAACUAAAUGUUCCUUGAUAAAACAGAGUAACUACAAAGACAAACAUAAGUCCUUCCACAUUUGUAUUUCUGCGUAAAGUAUGUGAACAACCAACAAAAAUAAUAAGGCAAUAUUUAUCGCAACUUGUUUCACUAGAUUAAUCGGACUUGAUUUUGGCUGCUCAUCAUGAUCUCAGUUGUGUUUGAAUCAAGUGAAGAAAGUAAAGAAAGUAAUGCAUGCAACUCUUAUAACCUGUAACGUGAUCUUUGUACUUUUCUUUGCAAUGCACUUUCUGGUUUAUGGUAACUUUUUUGUCAUUUUAGUGACAUGCUGUGUUGGAUUCAGUGUUUUUGAAUGAUGAAAACUACCAUACUUUAAUUAUUCCUCAGCAUUUUCUGAGGCAAAAACUCUGAUUAUACAGUCAUUUAAUGUUCAUCAACAAAAGUGUUACUAAAUCCCUUGCUCGUUUGGCUAGGCACAGUACGUUUCUUGGAGUUUGGUGGAAUGUUUUGACACAAUCUCUGUAAUCUGCAGCAUUUGCCAAAAGUAUAGCCAUGAUUAAAUCAGACUUUGUUUGUUUUUUUUUU